AUGGGAGCUAAGGAUAUUUCCCUUUAGUAGCUAUCAAAAGGUAAGUAUGGGAAUAUUUUAAGCAAAAAAGGGAAGUUAAGUUAUCAAUCAAAUAAUCAAAUGCAUCUAAAAAAAUCGUUACAGAGCAUCACUUAAAUUGUGAAGAAUAUCCUCACUGCUUUUGCAGAAAAUAUGUAAAUUAUUUUUAUGGAGCCUUUUUAACUAUUGUUUAAUGAAAAGUAAGAUGAAGAAAUUACUAAAAAUGACUUCGUUGGCGAUAACAUUAGAAAAUAAUACUUAGAGUAUUAUAUUAGAAAUACCUAUAUUUCAGAAUGCAAGUUGCUGAAGAAUCAAUCAAGUGAUUUUCUUUUUAGUUAUUAUGCGUUUAUGAUUAACUGGACUAAAAAUUAGACAACAUCCUUUAGAGAAAUUCUUUCACACAAAGAAAAAUACUCCAAGCGAAUUACUCUAAGAUAAAAAAUGUUGCUGAAAUAUAUUUUUAAUUUGGCUUCUUAGUAGUUUGAAUUGGAGGCACAAAGGAUAUAUUAAAAAACACAUGGGUAGCUCUUGGAUAUUAUUUCAUUUGAUGAAAAUUUAGAAGAUGCAUCUUCAUAGUAUCGUCAGUGCCUCAAGGAAAAAUAAGAAUUAUUACUAAUAAUGUAUUAUUUUAAGUCAACAGCACAAGUCUUUCGUUGCUUAGUUUAUGUGAAGGCUUUGAAGAAUGCCUUACGAUAGAACCUAUAUUUAGGAUGA